AUAAAACACACUUGAGAAAUGUGUAUGAACAAAGGUUAUUAAAUAAAUAGAAUUUUUAUGUUUUUACUCCCCAGUCUGCGGAAUUCAAUUUCAUUUCUAAUAAUUGGGUAGAUUUCAAAGAAUACGGUGCAGUGCUCCAGUAUAUGCAAACCAAGCAAGAAUAAAGUGGACAUCAACUUCAGUUCACCAGUGGUAUAGUAAGUGCGAUAUACAGUACCCAAUAGUGAAAAUACGAAAAAUGACCGAGCAAUUGCGUUUUGAUGGUCGAGUUGCCGUUGUUACGGGUGCCGGUUCAGGACUGGGUCGUGAAUAUGCCUUGCUCUUUGGCUCUCGGGGGGCAAAAGUUGUGGUAAAUGAUUUAGGAGGUAGCUUCCAUGGCGAAGGUGCAUCCAAACGUGCCGCAGAUAUUGUGGUCGAUGAGAUUCGUGCACAGGGAGGCACUGCGGUUGCUGACUACAAUUCAGUAGUUGACGGUUCAAAGGUCAUUGAAACAGCUAUUAAUAAUUUUGGACGUGUCGAUAUACUGGUGAAUAAUGCGGGUAUACUCCGCGAUCGCAGUAUUGCCAAAACUUCCGAUCAAGAUUGGGAUUUGAUACAUGACGUUCACUUAAAAGGCAGUUUCAAGUGUACACAAGCGGCUUGGCCGUAUAUGCGAAAACAAAACUAUGGUCGUAUCAUUAUGACCUCAUCCAACUCCGGAAUUUACGGUAAUUUUGGUCAAGCCAACUAUUCAGCUGCGAAAAUGGGGCUAGUGGGCUUGGCCAACACCGUAGCCAUUGAAGGCCAAAAAAACAAUAUACAUUGCAACGUUAUCAUUCCAACUGCGGCUAGUCGCAUGACUGAGGGUAUACUCCCAGAUAUACUUUUCAAUGAGUUAAAGCCACAUCUGAUCGCACCUGUUGUGGCGUACUUAUGUCAUGAAUCUUGCGAAGAUAACGGAUCAUAUAUUGAGAGCGCUGCUGGCUGGGCAACUAAGCUGAACAUUGUACGCGGCAAGGGUUCUGUUUUGCGCACUUCGCUUGAUCAAAAUGUCACAACGCCAGAAUACGUUCAAAGCGUAUGGGCAAAGGUCACUGACAUGACGGAUGCCAAACAUUUGGACGGAAUUGGUCAGGCUUCAGGCUCUUUACUUGAAGUUCUUGAGAAAUUGAAGGAAGGCAAAUUAGGUGGUAUCCAAGAUACUUUCAAAUACAACAGCAGAGACUUGAUUCUCUACGCAUUGGGAAUCGGUAGCAGUGUCAAGAAUGAAAACGACCUAAAAUUUUUAUAUGAAAAUCAUCCGGAAUUCUCCGCUAUUCCUACCUACUUCGUAUUGCCAGGUCUCUUGUUAAGUAUGACAACUAAUAUUGUGAGCGAUGCAUUACCUUCAGGAGAUGCUCACCUAUCAAACAUUCUACAUGGGGAACAGUAUUUAGAAAUAUGUGAUGAAAUUCCAACGAGUGGAACCCUUACCACUAUCGGACAAGUAUUUGAUGUUAUGGACAAGGGAUCUGGUGCACUUGUUGUGACAAACGCUGAUACAUAUGAUGAAAGUGGCCGACUUUUGGUAAAAAAUCAGUGCGCUACUUUCAUAGUUGGAUCUGGCAAAUUUGGUGGAAAAAAGACCCCUAAAAAUGGCGUUGUACCAAUUGUGAAUGCACCGAAUCGGAGCCCAGACGCCAUGUGUCAAUACAAAACCACAGAGGACCAAGCGGCUUUGUACAGACUCUCUGGAGACUUAAAUCCCCUACACAUUGAUCCGGAUUUCGCAGCUAUAGGCGGAUUUAAGACACCCAUUUUACAUGGUCUAUGCUCAUUGGGUUUCUCAGUACGAGCGAUUUUGGCAAAAUACGCCAACAAUAAUGUAUCGCUUUUUAAAGCUGUUAAGGCAAGGUUCUCAGCCGCCGUCAUUCCCGGCCAAACACUUAGAAUUGACAUGUGGAAGGAAGACAAACGAGUCCUCUUCACUACCACCGUUGUGGAAACUGGAAAGAAGGCAAUUAUUGGCGGAUACGUAGAUCUAAAAGACAUUUCGUCCAAAUUGUAAAGUUACGAAACAAACAGACAUUCGCAUGACUUCAAACACAAUAAUAUUUUAUGGUUUUAAAGGGAUAUUUUCUUAUCAGUUAAAUGAAUAUAUUUUGUUAACUAAAA